AUGGAUAGGAAUUGCAAUGAAAAUGGCAAAAGCAUCAAAUUGUUUGGUUUUGAGAUCACUACAACAACAACGAGUUCUGCUGCUGCACUAACAUCUGAAAAAUAUUUCAUGGGAAGGAAAAUCAAGAAAGGAAAUCGAUGGACAGAGGAUGAACAGAGAGCAUUCUUGAAAGGAUUGAAUUUUCAUGGAAAAGGAAAUUGGACUAACAUUGCUAAGGAUUUCGUGCCUAGUAGAACGUCGACACAGGUUGCUAGUCAUGCUCAAAAGUACUUCCUGAGAUUAUUGGAUGCUAAUUCCAAUGAGAGAAAAAACCGUAAGAAAUCAAGUGUUUUCGAUCUUCGUAUUGACAAAACAGAGGAUACACGUAAUCAAGAAAGUCAUAAUGUGCCAAGUUUUGUACCAAAUUAUAUGAUGAAAAGUGUUCCAACACCCAGCUUCAAAUCAGUUAACAGGCGCGCCAAAACCAACAAGGAUAAGCAUAAGCAAAAUCUCUGCAAGUCGGCAGUAAAGCCACAAACUAAUCAUUCUAAGACAAUGAAAAUUAAUCGGGGAUUAAUUGAAGCCCAGACAGUAGGAGAAAGGGAAGGAAGAAUUUAG